UCUGUUUCAUCUUCUCCUCCUCGUCUCAAAUCUCAAAGCAUUCGCCAAAAUUUCUCCUUCAGUCCUUCUGGCCAUCGUCUCCAAGCUCUCCGUUUCCGACGUGGCUGCUAUGAUCUUAACUGAGCUGUGUCUGGUACAGUCUCCCGCCACUGUUUCAUCGGAGUCUAGGAUACCUAUUUACGGCGGUAAUGGUGGAAUUGGAAUCCGAUUUUGGGCUGUAUCCUUAAAGAGAAUUGGAGAAGCAAAAUAAUGGGGUUGCUAUUAGAAGAAGGUUUCUAUGAAUUAGUGUUACCAAUGCUGGAAUCAAGACGUAGAUAACAGCUUCACUCUCUUUGUCACUGAUACUUAACCAUUGAAUCUGAGUCUCUGUACAAGAUGCUUGGAGAAUAGAUUCGGACCAAUUAGUCAACGGACAGUCAAGGCUUUGGAAGAGGCGAGAGUCGCGGUCGUUAUGACAUCUGGGACGAAACCUUGUUCCAUCGGGUUCCUAGAAGAGCUCAUAGUAAUACUCGAAUUCCAAGAAAAAGGUUCACUCAUGGUCAUACCCAUUUUUGUUACGGAUAACUAUUUUAAUGCGGAGGAGAUAUGCCAACAAUAUCCUGAGAAGGCUCCAAGUUGGAGAACUGCACUUACCGAAUUGACCAACAUUGCAGCCGAGUAUCAGUUUUCUCAGAAUCCUGCAGGUAUGGGCCUGUUAGAUUGGUUCAAAAAAAUUGCUCAUGACAUAUCUCUUGUCUCUCUCUACUCCACAUCAAACGGUUUAGAUGGCCUUGUUGCAAUGGAUCGUCACAUGAAAGUGGCUUAUGACUUGUUGGAUUUAGAAGUUGACAAAGAGGUUCGUACUAUUGGCAUUUGGGGUAGUGGUGGUGUUGGGAAGACAACACUUGCAAGGUACAUUUAUGCCGAGAUCUUUGUCAAAUUUCAGACAUGUGUUUUCCUAGAUAAUGUUGAAAACAUUGAAGACAAGGUUCUUAGGUUCAAAGGGGAAGAAGAUCCAACGGUAGUAACGAGUUCAGAUCACGACUGGCUUGAAAUUGCCAAAGCAUGGCGUAAACACCGGAAAGUUCUCCUUAUCGCUGAUGAUGUGAACAGCAUCGAACAAGGGAAGCGGAUCAUCAAAUACGCUAAGUGGUUUGCUCCAGGAAGUAGAGUCAUUCUAAUUAGCCAGAACAAGGAUUUGCUUGUUGACGCCGGAGUGAAGCAUGAGUAUGAAGUCAGGUCUUUAAGAUAUGAUGAAGCUCUUCAAAUCUUCUCUCAAUUUGCUUUCAAGCAGCCUUAUCCACCUUCUGAUUUCGAACAGCUUGCCGUUCGUGCUGUCCAUCUCGCAGGCUUUCUUCCUUUGGCCCUUCGACUGCUAGGGUCUUUUUUAGCUGGUAAAGGUCGAGAAAACUGGGUAGCUGCACUGUUCAAACUCAAGGCAAAGCUAGGUGGAAAUAUAAUGGAAGUGUGGAAACUUAUGGAACCAUCAGGAGAUAGAGGUCAAGAGGAGUGGGAACCUGCUGCAGACAUAAUGGAAGGGAACGAAUCAUCCGAAGACGAGACAUAAUAGCAGUAUGACGAGUCACUUGUACCGGUUCCCUUUCAUCUGUUUUGUUUCUUUGAUGAUAAUGAGUGUGAAGCUUGCGAACAAUGGUAUUCAGUAUCUUGUAUUGUUACUAUUAGUAGAUUAUAAAUGUAUGCAGUAAGUUGAUUAUUAAUUUUCAGCACAGAGAAUCACUGAAA